UAGACAUUAGCUAUUGCUGUGCUGUAGAUGCAUUCAUUCCAAUGAAUAAACAAAACGAUAGGAUGGUCAAAAAUUGACAAACUGGACAUUUUUAGAAAGAAAAAAAAAUUACUUAUGGUGUGCUGGAGGGUGGCAUCUCGGCAGUUCACACGACUGAAUAUAAACCUUGCACUGUUUUAGGCUUUCCUCCUAUAAAUAGCUUGAAUGAAUUUCACUUCAAACAUACAUUUAUGGAGAGGGAAAUCUUACACUGGGAACACCAACACUACAACUCAAAGAUGAGUGCUUAACACGGCAAAAACUGUGAGAAUUUAGCAGAAAGUGAAUCUCUCAGCCUCUCCCCAGCAGCAUUACCGUUGAUCCCGCCUCGCUCCGCGUCUGUUAGUAAAAGUGGGCGGAAGUGUCGGCCCUUUAUUUCAAAAACGGAGUGAUGUCAAACAACAGCGGCAGACUCUCUGACAAAGUCAGCUGUCUUGCAACCAGCUUAUUCAACGGCCAUAAACCAUCCGGAGAGGAUAACUCGAUGCCCGCGACGUAAGCACUCUGCAGAGCUCGUUCGGAGGCUUGAAAUGACAACAUCUGCGAAUGCCAUGAACGCAUCGCACUUCUCCAGCCCAAUGCACCUGCAUAUACUUCAUAUCAGAGGACUCAUGAAAGGGAAGUUUGGCUCUCAGAUGCGAGCAUUUUUCAUGUGACUACUACAGAUCUGUUUGAAUGUGAGAUCAUAUCUGGACCGAAACCACGACAGAGCUUCAUGUCAUUCAUGGACACGGAGAGGAACCUCUCGCAUUGAUCAUAUAAAAGAGGAUGUUUGUUUUGUUUUCGUUUUUUUAAUAUGUUUCUUGAAUGCCCAUAGAUUUGAUAAGAGAUGGCAUGGCAUCCCUGUUCUUUCCGCUGGUUCCGAUGGCUUCGGUAGGACGAUAUUAAUGUGGGUGGACCUUGGCGCAUCUCCAACGGAUAUUUUUUUAGGGGGGCUGGAGGAUCGGACUAUUUACUACAGCUUUGUAGUACUUUUUCCAUAUAAACCAGCGUACAUUUUUUUAAAAGCAAGCAUCAGAGAUAUUCUACCUCCUUUGUCAGUAUAUAAUGGCCGAGGACACAGCUAUAGAUGGACUGAGCACUGCAGCUGCGCAGGGAAAUCUGAUGGAAAUUGAGCAGAUACUGCAAAGCAACGUGAACGUUAAUGAGAAGAACAAGUUCGGCAGGACACCAUUGCAGGUGAUGAAACUUGGCUGCCCGCGCAUUGCAGAGACGCUGCUUCGAGCAGGCGCCGACCCAAACGUGCGCGACCCCAUCCUUGGACUGACCAUCAGUCACGACGCCGCGCGUGACGGAUAUCUGGACACUCUUCAGGUGCUCGCGCAGAAUGGUGCUGAUGUCAAUCUUCUUGACAACAAGGGCAACCUGCCUCUGCAUCUGGCGGCGCAAGAAGGAUGCCUGGAUGUCGUGCAGUAUCUCGUAAAUUGCUGCAAUACACAGCCUUUUCUGCGUAAUAAAAAAGGCCAGACGCCUCUUGACUUGGCGUUAUUGCACAAAAAAUAUAAAACUGUGGAGUGGUUAGAGAACAUUGCGCCUUCACAAUCCAGCUAGAGAUUAUGAUUAUGGGCCUGCUUGUUUUGUUGUGUUACAGAGGUAGCAGACAAAUGCUGCGAUUUGUCACAUUGCGGAAAAUUCAGCCAACUACCUCUUAUUGCAAUGUAAAAUAUUGGGCUCAGGGGCUUGUCUUUUUGUGAAGAACAAUUAACAUUUGACUUUGUAUGUAAUUCACAUGGCCCCCAAUUUCAACUGGAUAAAUGGAUUUUGUUUUUUGUUUUCAAUGAGAUAUUUUUCAGGUCACCUAAGCCUCCAUUUUAGAUUUGUAGAUAAUUUCUUUCACUAACUUUCAAGCUCAUACCUGUCCUUCUAUAUGUCCUGUUUUAUAACAAGAAAAAAAUAUAUAAUCUACAUUAAGUGAUAUGUUCAAAGAAACCAAUCUCCUUUUAUUGAAGUAAUUGCACUAUAAUGGUCAAAAUCCACUUAACAACCCCUGACUGCUCUGAUUUUUGUUGUGUUUAGUUUUAUGACAUUAAAUUUGCACUUUUGCUUGUAAUUAAUGCCUUUUUAACUGUGAAAGAUGUCUUUUGUCGCCUUGAAAAUAUUAAAACCUUGCAAAAUAACCAAAGAA